AUGAGCGAGCCCCAAUUCUUUGAGACUAUCACCAAGUCUUUCACGGACGUGACCAUCACUGAGGCUGGUGUCAACACUGCCGAGUUCCUCGAAGCUGCCGAGGGCCUUGUCAAGAUCUUCAACCUCUUCGGUAACCCUGCUUUCACCGUCGUCCAGAACGACUUGACUGGUAACAUCGCCAAAAUCCGAGCCUACCUCGCCCAAAACCCCACCUCCGCCUCCACCCUCGAAUCCCUCAUCGCCACCGAAAAGGCCAACGUCCCCAAGCCCAAAGACCGCGUCGCCACCGACGCCCUCAUGUGGUUGCUCCGUGGCCUCAAGUUUACCUCCCUGGGCUUGAAGAUCAACUUGGAGAAUAAGGAUGAGGAGCUUUCGGCGUCGUUUACAAAGGCGUACGAGCAGAGUUUGAAAAAGUAUCAUGGGAUGAUGGUUAGGCCUGUUUUCUACCUCGCCAUGAAAGCUUGCCCCUACCGAGCUACCUUCUACCCCAAACUCGGCGAGCCCCAAGCGGAAGUCACUGUCAAGCUCGAGGCAUGGCUCAAGGCCUUGUACGAUAUCGUCGAGAAGGAGACGACCGUCUUCAAGGCUGGGUCUUAUGGGGAGAUCUAA